AUGGACCCCCUCACAACGCCCGACCUUCUGCAGAUCUUCAACGAUGAAGUCGAUGAACUCCUUUCCGCGAUGAGAGUCGACUCGGUUGGACACGACGUCACCACGUCAAUCGGACGGGGCGAGACUCUCAGGAAAUUCGACCAGAUUCUGAACACACUCGAUGACAUGCGCGAGAUUGCGGAGCUGGGCGCCGCGGUUCUCGAGAUAUCUUGGGAGGUGGCUCGAGGCCGGACAAGCACGGUGGACGAGGAGAAGGACGAGCGGAGUGACAGCGUGAGCGACGAUCUCAGCGACGGCUCAACUGACUACUCAGCUGACGUAUCGAGUGACGGUUCGACUGAGGAUUCGAGUGAUGGCUCAAAGGACAACUCAAGCGACGAUCAAAAUGACGCCUCGCGCGAACCCUCGUCCCCUCAUGUACCUUUAGAUAUCGAAAACAAUCGACGCCGACAACGCGGGGAUUCAGUCCUUGAAGGUCGAAUGGUGAAGCGAAGAAGAUUCGAGGAAAACGCUUUCUAA